AUGCCUGGAUACGCAAAAAUGAUGAAAGACUUAAUGUCCCGGAAAUUUGAUUUCCAAGACUUGGCUACGGUGACACUUACUCAGACGUGCAGUGCAGUGGUAACUAGACCUGUUGCUGAAAAGCUCUCUGAUCCAGGGAGUUUUACUAUUCCAUGUACAAUUGAAAACUUUGCUUUUGAGAAAGCACUCUGUGAUUUAGGGGCCAACAUUAAUAUUAUGCCCCUGGUCAUUUACAAGAGGUUGGGCAUUGGGAGAGCUAGACCCACCUCUAUAUUGCUACAGCUAGCUGAAAGGACUGUGGAUGAAGAAAUUCCUAUCAUCUUAGGAAUACCUUUCUUGGCCACAGGGAGAGCUCUUAUUGAUUGUGAGACCGGGGAGCUUAAGAUGAGGCUCAAUGACGAAGAGAUUAUAUUCAAUGUGUAG